AUGAGUGGGACCUGUAUCCAUGAGCCCCGUGCCCCUUCCCCCUCCCUGUCAGGCUUCAGCACCCCCAUCUCAGAGCCCCCCUAUCGAAGAUUCGAUGGAGACACCCCUGCCUGCACCCCCGAAACGGACCUGACGCCCACACAGUGUGUCAUCCGCAACGUGCUGUCCAUCGACACCGGUGGACCAGGGGCGCCGGGCGGCAGCAGCCCCACUCCAAGCGAUGGACCCUCAGCCCACUUUGACAACAGCGUGCUAAAACUACAUGAACAUGAGGCCUGCCAGUGUGGCGGGGGGGCAGAGGCCGGCCACAGUCCAGAGGCUGGUGCUGUACGGAGCCAGUCGGAUAACAUUCGACUACAAUCAGGAAGUGGAGGUUUUUUGGAGGGACUGUUUGGCUGCCUUAAGCCGGUCUGGACCAUGAUUGGAAAGGCCUACUCCACUGAACACAAACAUAGCCAUGAAGAGUCCUGGGAAGUUCCCUUUGAGGAAAUCUCUGACCUGCAGUGGGUAGGCAGUGGUGCACAGGGGGCCGUCUUCCUCGGCAAGUUCCAUGGAGAUGACGUGGCUGUAAAAAAAGUGCGGGACAUCAAAGAGACCGAGAUCAAACACCUCCGCAAACUCAAGCACCCUAACAUCAUCACUUUCAAGGGCGUGUGCACCCAGGCUCCUUGUUACUGUAUCUUGAUGGAGUACUGUGCCCAAGGCCAACUAUACGAGGUGCUGAGGGCGGGCCGUAAAAUCACCCCCUCUCUCCUGGUGGACUGGUCCAUGGGCAUUGCAGGGGGCAUGAAUUACCUGCACCUCCACAAAAUCAUCCACCGAGACCUCAAGUCCCCCAACAUGCUGAUCACACAUGAUGACCUGGUGAAGAUCUCUGACUUCGGCACUUCGAAGGAGCUCAGUGACAAAAGCACCAAGAUGUCGUUCGCCGGCACCGUAGCUUGGAUGGCGCCUGAAGUCAUUCGGAAUGAGCCGGUGUCGGAGAAGGUGGACAUCUGGUCCUUUGGAGUGGUACUGUGGGAGAUGCUGACUGGAGAGGUACCUUACAGAGAUGUGGACUCAUCUGCCAUCAUCUGGGGAGUGGGGAACAACAGCCUGCAGCUGCCCGUACCUGAGAGCUGCCCCGACGGCUUCAAGAUCCUCCUCAGACAGUGCUGGAACUGUAAGCCAAGGAACAGGCCCUCUUUCCGUCAGAUCCUUCUUCAUCUUGAUAUAGCAUCAGCGGAUGUGCUGUCCACUCCACAAGAGACGUACUUCAAGUCUCAGGCUGAAUGGCGAGAAGAGGUGAAACAGCACUUUGAGAAGAUUAAAUCUGAGGGGACUUGUAUACACCGACUCGAUGAGGAACUGAUCAACCGACGCAGAGAGGAGCUCAGGCAUGCUCUGGACAUUCGUGAGCACUAUGAGAGAAAACUGGAGAGGGCUAACAACCUUUACAUGGAGCUGAGCGCCGUCAUGCUGCAGCUGGAGCUGAAAGAGAAGGAGCUGCAGAGGAGAGAGCAGUCUUUGGAUAAAAAGUACCCAGGUUUGUUUAAGCAUCACAGCUCCAGGCAGAGCAGCUCCUCCAACACCAUGGACAAACUCAUCAAGAAGCGAAACGUCCCGCAGAAACUGCCCUCGGGAAAGAGGCCAGACAUUCUCAAGUCUGAGGUAAUCAUUCCCAAAAUGGACUCCUCUGUGAUGCAAGUCACCAUCCCGGCCUGCCCCAACAGAAGCUCCACUUCUCCCAGCCGUUCUCGGAGGGUAAAGACCCGCCAUCGCAAGCCCGGGAAGGGCAGCAGCGGGGACCUGGCUGGACUCAAGGCAAAUCAGUCCUCGUCUAAUAGGGACACAACUACCCAGGUUAACAGUAGUAGCACCAACACCUCCAAGCAGCUGCUGGAGCCGUCUGCAGCGCUGCGGAGCCUCAGCCACGAGCAGCAGCAGAGGCAGCUCUCAUCCUCCAGCCCCGACCUCAUCUGCACCACGCUCGAGGCAGAGGGGCAGGGGAAAGGGGAACCUUCUGUGGGUGGGCUGGAGAGAGGGGGGAGCCUCAGUGCCUCUGCAGGGUUAGGGGGGUCUGAGGCGGGGGCAGCCGGUCUGGAUGAUCUCACAGAAACGCCACCACGCAGCGACACGCCGAGCGAAGACGCAGCAUCUUUCCCGUUCUCCAGCAGCCCAGACUCACCGUGUGGGAGGGGGGCGACGGCAGGGAGGGGGUCGCUGGGAUCUCCACGUCAUGAUGGGGAGGAUAAGGAGGAGGGGGCUGGGGCUGUGAGGCUGCCCCGUGGAGCAUCAGGAGGAAUAGGGAGUCAGCACCUCACUCCUUCAGCCAUUCUGUACAGGGCAGCUAUCUCACGCAAACAGAGGCGUGGAGUUUCAUCAGAGGAGGAGGAGGGUGAAGUUGACAGUGAAGUUGAGUUACCACGGAGACGACGUCCGACUAGCAUCACCAAGUGCCAGUCGGUGUCCACCUUCAGCUCAGAGAACCUGUCGGUGUCGGACGGCGAGGAAGGCCACACUACCGACCACUCUCACAGUGGCACCCCCGACGUGGUUAGCACCAACACGGACGACAGGUUGGACGACCGCAGCGACGACCUCCUCUCCCAGGGGUCGGAGAUCCCGGCGGACAACACCGACGGCCUGUCGGAGAGAGACGGAGCGCUGGGACCGGCCAAAGCUCCGCUGGACGCCGGGGGGAAUCCUAAUGAGAGCCGGGCCCUGUGUGAUGACUCUGACUGCGACAGUGCAGAGCUGGAUCAGUCGGGUAGCGGAGAGCCCAGUUGUCCUCCCAGUGCUGGAGCGUGGGUGCAGCCCUCUCUACCCUACCAGGGGUCUCCACAGGCGCCACACACAGCACCUCCAUAGAAAGCUGGAUGCUAGCAAAGACCUACAGCUCCUAAUGCAGUACAUUACUGUUGUCAUGAGGAAUCACACCUACUUCACCACUCAGACUAUGACAAGUUGACUUAUGGUGUCUCAUAAGUUAGUUGGAUGGCAUAGGACAUUUGUCAUAACCUGACAUCUGAUAUUUUGGCAGCUUGUGACAUCUGGUAAAUGUCAUUUAAGUUCAGUAGGGUUUUUGUUUUAGGCAAAAUAACCUAAGCCACAGCUCCGGUUCAGCAAAAACCCUACUACUGACGCACACGCACGCACAAGAAACCACACUCGUUGUCCUUUAAACACUCUAAUCCUCACUCUGGGAGCAUCCUCCAUGAUACUCCACACACUAAUGCAUCAAAUAUUAAAGAAUAAUAAUGUAAAUAUCCAUUACAUACCACAUGAGAAAUAUCUAACUUUAUUUUAUUUGUAAGAUACAAAUGUAAGACUAAAUGGUAUGCAGCCCUGUGAACAAAUGCAUGACUACAUGUUUAUCAUUUAUGGUUUGAAUGUGUCAGUUUUAUAUUUUGUGAAAGUUUACACUUUUUUAAUCCUGAAAGUAUUACUUCAGUUAUUUUCUUUUGUUAAUAAAUGUCAGCACUCGAGAAAAAAAAAAAAAAAAAAGGGAAUGAAAA